CUGAUAUUUUGACAUUUUGGAAAAGAGCAAAAUUGUUUACGGAAUAAACAAGGUUUGGCGGAUAAUAUAAAACCAUUUGGAGUGAUAAAAUAUGGCAUCAGCAUCGAGCAGUUCAGCACGUCACCUCUUCAGCGAUAGUAAGAAACGUCUUUGUGAUCGUGUUGGCGUUAAUGUGAACAAUUUGGGAUCCGUAGCGCGGCAGAUAGUGCGUGGCUCCAAGUCAAAUGAGAUUUUGGGCCAGAGCAUAAAAAACUUCACACAAGUGGACAUUGUAUCCGAUUAUAGUAGUCAGAAUUUGCAUAAAAUGCAACUUAUAUUACAACAUGUUGAUUAUCAACAUGAAGUCAUGCUUGACAAUGUAAAUCAUAUGGAUUACCUGAAGGAGCAAGUGACGGCAAUGGAGAGAUGAUUAGAAGAGAGUGGCUGUAGAAAUUAAACAUGAGUUCGUGAAGCUUUCUACGCCAAUUUCCAUAUAAGUUAGUUUACAUAUAUUAUUUGAUUUGAAUCUAACUUCGAAAAGUAUGAUUUAAUUGUUGAAAAGUGCUUUUUGAUCGCCUGAGUAUGUUAACUGAAUUAAGACGUCUUUGAAAAAUUCGACAAGAGAGGAGAAAUAAUGGUUCGUGCAUAAAAAAAUUAUUAGUGGAGCGUAGCAGAACAAAAAUUAUACGUUUGAGAAUGGAAAGAUGAUGAGAAUUUAGAAAGUGAAUAUUAAAUAGUGUACUUUUCAUAGGUAUGUGUAGACAUAUGUGAAAUUUCCAAUAUGUUACUUUGCUUAUUAAAUUUUAAUUUUUUCAAUUUUAAAUUUAAGUUAGUGGUAUGUAAAGAUUGCACAUGAGUCUAGCCUUAAGUCUUUCAUAUAUAAUAAUUUUGUAUACAUAAUGAACUAUAAGUACACAAAUGAUAAGAAAUGCGAAAUUGAAAUUUAAUAUAUGUUUAUAGUAUGCUUAUAAUUUAUUAUAACUAGCAACUCUGUUAUGCAUUAUAGAAAAAAGACACUGUUUUAAUCACUUACUAUAAAUAUAUGUAUAUGAAAUAUUUUUAAUAAAUUCGUUGAUAA